AUGAAGGAAUUCAAGUUCAGUGUGCCUCUUUCUCUAAUACUUAUCAAGACCUUUGAUUCUGGCCAAGUGCCAUCUGGAUGGAAACUCGCUAAUAUAACGCCUAUAUUUAAAAAAGGUCAUCUUGGAAAUUACAGGUCUAUUCCCAUUACCUCUGCAGUUGGAAAAAUAAUGGAAAGAGUUAUGCGUGAUGUCAUAACUGAACACCUAGUAAAACAUAAUUUGGUAUCUUGGCAUCAACAUGGUUUUGUCAGAUAUAGAUCGUGCAUUACAAAUCUUCUUGAAGUGCUAAAUAUAAUAACUGAAGCUUUAAGCAAUGAUUGUGCACCAUUGCUUAUUUUUGUUAGCCUUUGCUAA